AUGGACCCGGCACAAUUACCUCCGUGGGACCUCCCUGAGGGCGUCACAUCGCGUUACGUUGACACGUCUCCCAUAGGGUUGAAAUUUCACAUCAUCGAGUCUGUACCAGACAUCAUAGCUCCUGAUCACCGUCCGCCACUGGUCCUCCUCCUCCAUGGCUUCCCGAAUCUAUCUUACGACUGGCGCUUCGUGAUGCCAAAACUCGCCAAAGCCGGCUACUACGCAGUAGCAUUUGACAUGCGGGGCUUCGGCCGCACCCACAACGCGGAUCUCAGCCCGAUAAGCGAAAACUCGAUUCGACCACUGACCACAGUGCGGGACGUUGUUACGCUGGUCCACGCGCUCGGGUAUGAGUGUAUUCACACCCUGGUGGGGCACGAUAUCGGGGCCUUUGUGGCUUCGCUCUGCACCAUUGUGCGAGGAGACUUGGUCAAAGCCCUUGUUAUGAUGUCGCAUCCAUUCAAGGGUUCCCCUCAAGUACCCUUUGGGACAGCGGUCUCUCCACCGCUGGCUUCUGCUAUUUUACACCAGGCUAGAGACGGUAAGAGGGAGGAAGUCAAGGCCGACCCCGAUAUCCAGGCGUCUCUUUUGAAGCUUGAUCCACCCCGGAAGCAUUACAAGUAUUACAACGCGUCUCUCGAAGCAGCCGACGAAUGGACCCAUCCGACCGGCGAACCGAUGCACCGGUUUCUCAGAGGUUACUUCCACCUCAAGUCGGCGGACUACAGCUUGAAUAACCCACGACCUCUUAAAGCGUGGACUGCAGGGGAACUCGCCGUCAUGCCGCACUACUACGUUAUGAGAGCUGACCUGUCGAUGCGCGGAAACGUCGAGUUGGACAUGUCCGGCGAACCAGCCACAAUCCGCGACAAGCUUGGCGAUACAUCGUGGCUCACCGAUGCGGACCUCCAGGUUUACACAGACGAGUUCUCGCGCAACACCUUUACACUCGCUUUGAUGUGGUACAAAGUACUUGUGAACCCGGCCUUGUCCGCGGAUCUUCUGUGUUUCGCGGGAACAAAGCUUGGUGUCCCGACAAAAUACGUCUCCGGAACAAGCGACUGGGGCACGUAUCAGGUUCCUGGCUCUCUUGAUGCCAUGGAGAAAGGUGAGAGCGUUCGGGCUGAUUGCUGGAAGGGAGCUGUCCACAUUCCUGGAGCCGGGCAUUGGGUCAAUAUGGAGAAGCCUGAGGAAAGUGUGAAAGAGAUUCUGGAACUGGCGGGGUCUGUUUAG